GUAGGAAGCUGGCUAGAUUAGCUUGCCAUCUCUUCUGCCGAGUGUAAUUUUAGUUUCCCCCGCCGCAUGGUACAGAUUGGUACCAGAAAGAGCGUGUAUUUAUAUUCCUUGCUCGAGUUGGAAUUAACAACUAUAAGCCUUUUAGUAACAGAAAACCUUGUGAGAAGAGACAACGUUGCUCCUCGUGAACGGCACACCAGUUAAGCUCCGCUAAUUAGCUAGCAGUAGUUUGCUGCUUGGUUGGGGGGUCGCAGGAUGUCUUAUAGGAAAACUUUCAAACUUAUCAGUGGCUUCGCCGGAGGCUCCGCGCUGCUAGUAUUCGCUGCUGCCGCUGCAGACUCCCGCGGAUACUUCGGCGAGCAGCGCGGAGAGACAGCGAGCCGGUGGCCGAAAUUCACCGUCCUUCAAGCUGCGCAACCGGCGUGGACCUCAGCCAGCCACACACCCGCCCCGACGGGACACGCCUGGGACUUCAACUGGGAUAAGAGAGACCCAUCUGCACUGACCAAUGGGAAGAAGAAAGAGAGUGCAACUGAAGACCCCAGCUCGGAGCAGGACAACGGCAAACCUAAAGCCACACGAAACAUCCUCCUCAUCAGACACUCCCAGUACAACCUGAGCGGGAGCAGCGACAAAGAGAGGAUCCUCACACCAUUAGGUCGUGAGCAGGCUGAGUUUACGGGCCAGCGGUUGGCAGCGUUGGGACUUAAGUAUGACAUUCUGAUCCACUCAAGCAUGGCCAGAGCCACGGAGACGGCAAACAUCAUCAGCAAACACCUAUCAGGUCCAGGAGUGGAUCUGGUGAGCUGCGAUUUGCUAAGAGAGGGCGCACCUAUCGAGCCGGUCCCACCCGUCACUCACUGGAAGCCCGACGCUGUGCAGUACCAUGAAGAUGGAGCACGCAUUGAGGCAGCCUUCCGUCGCUACAUCCACCGCGCUGACCCUAAGCAGAAGGAAGACAGCUAUGAGAUCAUCGUCUGUCAUGCCAAUGUCAUCCGUUAUUUUGUCUGCAGGGCUCUGCAGUUUCCUCCAGAGGGCUGGUUACGCAUGGGCUUGAACAACGGCAGCAUCACAUGGCUCACCAUCCGCCCUAGCGGCAGGGUGGCCCUCAGAACUCUGGGCGACGCCGGUUUCAUGCCCCCGGACAAACUAACACGGACUUGAUCGGCCGACACACGCCGUAGGUUUCUGUGACUCAGUCAGAUGUCCAGUGGGUCAGUCGCAGGGUCAAAGCUCAGUUUUCUCCUUAAGUGUCUUGAAAAUUACUUUGAUUUUCUUUGUAAUUGAACUAUCAUGUAAUGAGAGAUUCCGUGGUGGCGUUGUUGUGUUUACUUCCGUGCCAUAGGAUGCCAACAGAAGUGAAUUACAGCUGCAUAGCAACUCCUCCUGAAUGUAACUGAGAAUUUUUACACAAGUUACUGAUUUUUAAACCAAAAAAAAAAAAAAAAGUGUUUGUAUAGCUGUCGUAAAUGCGAAUUAUGAUCUUAGCUUUAAAUGUCACUGAAGUGAGGACUGUGUUGUAUAGUGCAGUUGAAAUAAAUAAAUAAAAAAUC